UGAGGUACGAACUUAAAUCCGAAGAAAAAGAUGCGGUUUAUACGAAGUGAGGAUGUUGACCCCCAUAUUGCAUUUAUUUCCCCCCCUUUUGGGGGUGUGGACGGCGGAUCUGGGUCUGGUUUCUGGCAGAAAGGCGUCCGCCGCAAUGGCGGAGCCCGGUUCCUCCCCACGUCACCGAGCCAUGCUGGCCCUUCCCAAGGCAGACCCCCCUCCCCUCCCCUCCCCUCCAUUCCUCUCGCAGAAGCGCAAGCUCUGUCACUUAUAUCCAUCCACCAUCUUUCCCCUGUGAAACUCUAGCUCGCUUUCCUUCCGGAUGCGAUUGUGUUUCCAGCCCAUAGUCCCUGUCCUGCUGCCCCAUGCCAGAGCCGAGGCCGGCAACCGGAAAAGAUGGUGGCAAGCGCUCGGGUGCAGAAGCUGCUCUGGCGGUACAAGCCGGCGAUCGUGGCGGCCCUGGUCGUCCUCCUCAUUCAGGGGCUUGUGGUGUGGAGCCUGAGGAGCCUUGAAGAAGGAGAAGUGGAAAAGAAGCACCGAAGGUCGAAGCUCCCUGACAACAACAGCCACGAUUCCAGGCGGGCUGCUUCCGUAUGGGAGGGACAGCAUGGGGCACUGGGGAGAAAUCGCAGCCGCUGGCGGGUCGGAAGGGACCGGCUCGGGGGCGCGGCAUCCCGGGUCCCGAUUCAGGAGCCAGGGCAGCACAAAAGGGCCGGCAGGAGGCGCGGAGGUACAGCGGAGGGGGUGCCCUCCAGCAGCCGCAACUUUACGGAGCAGAAGGUGGAGGAGGGGAUGGGGCACGUCCUGCCGGCCCAGCAGGGUGACGUCGGCAGUGUGGGGGGUGCCCCUCCGGCCCUCAGCAGUGACUUUGUGCCCAAGUGCGACAUAGUGGGCAAGGACGCUCUGUCUGCCCUGCACCGUGCCAGCUCCCGCCAGUGCAGGCAGGAGAUCGCCAACGUCGUGUGCCAGCAUCAUGAGGGAAAGCUUAUGCCGCAGUCGUUCCCACAGUUCUGCCCGCAGCAACACGGUGAGCCUUAAAAAAAAUAUAAAAAUGACGCACUUGUCCAAGAAAUCACACACGAGGUUUUAUUAUUAUUUAUUGCUGGAGUUCAGCCUAUAGGCUGUUUUUGACUUUGUUUACUGAUUUGUAAAUGCAGGAGGCACUUAGUAUAGAGCAAGGGUGGGGAGCCUGAUCCAUGGAGGGCCGGUGCGGGUUUUUGUGGUUGGCCU